AUGGCCGGUCCACGUACAUUACAGCCCAACGCCUCUCUGCCCGCGAAGGUGCAGCCCAUUCCACCAAACCAGACGCUAUACAUCACAAAUCUUCCCUCCUCCAAAAUUCAAAAGGAUGACCUGCGAACCGCCCUCUACAUGCUUUUCUCGACCUAUGGACCUGUACUCGAUGUUGUCGCGUUGAAGACCAUGGCCAUGAGAGGCCAAGCACACAUAGUAUUCCGCGAUGUUCAGGCAUCAACACAAGCUAUGCGAUCACUGGAUGGGGAGGAUUUCCUAGGCAGACCUAUGAAAAUACAGUACGCCAAGUCGAAAUCAAACGCCAUUGCCAAGUUGGAUGGCACUUUCAAAAUUCCUUCGACUGCAACGGGCUCAGUUAGUGUUGAACAAACGCAGCUACAGCAAAGCAUCUUCAAUGCACCCCCGCCGAAGGCCGCCCAAGACAAUGUUAUGAAGGAUGCGCCAGCCGACGAGAAUCGUGGACAAAAGCGAACGCGAAACGAGGAAGACGACGAAAGUGACGAGGAUAUGGCCAUGGAUGAGGACAGUGAUGCUGAUGAUUAA